AUGACUCCUGGCACAAAACGAACAAUCAUUACUUCGAAAACUACUGGUCGCCGGUAUUUUCUCGUUCGUUCUGCUAAUCGGCCAAGUGGUCGUCGAUAUUACGUUUGCUCAAAUCCGUCGUGUAAAUCACGUGUCUCUCGUGAAGCAGAUCUGUAUUGUAAAGCUCAUUCACAAAACCCUUCACAUGAAAACGAUCACCAACACGAAGCAGAAAGUGAAGAUACUGGCGAUAUUUCAACGAAGUCCGAUCAAAUUGAUGAAAAUGAUAUUCAAAACGAUGGAGAAAUCAUCGAAGAAGAAGCAUCAACAAAAACAAGACAGAGUAUCAGAUCAGAAUCCAAUUCUGGCGAACAUCUCGAAGAAAAUGAGAAUAACAAUUCUAUAAACAAAGAUGAUGCUGGAGAAAUCAAUGAUGUGACUAUUUCAACUGACAACUCAAUACCAUUAUCACCGACUUCCCAAACAAACCGUCAAGUUCAAGUGGAUGAAGCAACAGGUAUACGUUCAUUUCGUGAUAGUUCUGGUCGUCGUCGAUAUCUUUGCACUCAUGAUUCAUGUUCAAACAUACUCCGACGACAAUCAGAUAUGUUCUGUCGUUUACAUUUACCUUCGAAGAAGCCGGAAGAUGAUCAUGAAAAGACGAGUCGAAUUGCAAAACGACAGUCACCACCAGUUGACACCAAUUCUUCGAAAAAGAAUCGUUACCGUUCGCCGUUUCAAACAUCAACAACCACAGUAACACCACUGUCAUCAGAAAAUGGAACCAAGAGCAAUACAACAACUGAACAUCAGCCAACGAAAAGAUUAAAAUCAAAUCCGUCACAGCGCACUGGGACAACUCGAUCAUUCCGAGAUGCUUCAGGAAAACUACGUUUCCUUUGUUCGAUUCCGACGUGUCAUAGUCGUGUACCGCGACAAAGUGAACUGUAUUGUCGACGACAUACGAUUGAAAUGCAAGCGAAAGAAGCCGAACAAAAGACGGUUCAAACACCUAAUACGAAUGGUGGUAUCGAUGGAAAUAAAGUGAACAAUCAGAUUGAAUCAAUGGAUCUACAAAAUGGAACAAAAUCAUCAUCUCGUCCGACAACAUUUAAUGUUGAAAAUCAUUCAGACACGCGAAAACGCAAACUUAAUUCAUCUAUCCAACUGUCAUCAAUUCCACCAAACGAGAUUGUUCUUGCAGCAACAACUCUUCUAGAUGAUCAAUGGGCUGAAACUCUCACAUUUAUCCGUCAUUUUCCUCAAGUUCAAUUGUCUACAAAUUUAAACGUGACUAACUCAACAACACAUCUACUUGUUGACGAUAGCGAACAUCAACUACACUGCACAAUAACAAAAAAGAUCGUCCAAGCCGCUGUCCGUCAGCAUAUCUUCAUCAUUUCAUCCCGUUGGAUGGCUGAUUGUAUGCGGGCGAAUGCAUUCAUUGAUGAGCAUCCGUAUGAAAUUCUAAGCGAUUCUCACACGACACUUCGUAUGUCGAAACAAGAUUUGAGUCUAGCUAAUAGAUAUUUAUUCAAUCCAACAUCACAAACAGCACAUGCAUUUGCAAUUGAAUGUCGCCAAUGUCAAGGAUCGAUCAAUCGAAGUGAACUCAUCGAAUUAAUUCAGCUAACAGGUGCGCAAUUAUUUCAGAUGGAACAAGCCGUUGAUGUCCUAAUUGUUCUAUGUGAUGCUAAUGAUAAAAAUCUCAAUAAAGUCAAAGAAAAAUACCUUCAAGCACCGGCAUCGAAUAUCAAAUACGUGACAAGUGACUUUUUACUGAAAUCAAUUAUAAAAUUUGAAAUUCAAGAUAUUGACAAAUAUUCUCUAUAG